AUGAGGCAUAGUCUACUCUUCGCCGUGGCAACUCUAACAUCAAUCGCUCAGGUGCGUUCAUUCAACAUACCGAGAGACAACUCCGUCGAGGGUGGUGACGAUUUUGGGUUGACGAGAAAGCAGGGCGCGGCUGUCGAUAAGAGACAAAACAUCAACAUCGAUGGAAGUGGAAACGUCAACGUAGAGGGCGCCAACGCGGGCGCGGUUGAAGUGAAGACUGUGAACCUUGGAAAUGCUGGAUCGCUGAACAAGGGAGCAAACGGGGGAGGAUCGGGACAGGGCAACCUCAUCGCCGGCAUCUUGGACGCUCUCAACGGCGGUAGCCGAAACAACCAGGGCAACCGCAACAAGCCGAAUAACGCUUGCCCUCCAGCUCCUCCAGCUCCGCCGCCAGUCACUGUCACGAAGACGAUUUACCAGAAUGCCUCAGUGCCUGCGCCGUUGACGGUUUUUGUUACGCAGGCUCCUCCGCCUCCGCAGAUCAUCACGCAACUGGUCACGCAGACGCCGCCCGCUGCUGCUCCGCCUCCGCCUCCGGCAGCUCCCCCGGCAGCUCCUCCUGCUGCCCAACCUGCGGCUCCCGCUCCUGCAGCUCCCGCAGCCCCCGCGGCACCGCCAGCCGCUCCUGCGGCGUCGAAAGCGCCUCUGGUCAUUCCGGGACCUCCUCCGACGGAUCCUUUCGCGGGCUUGAAAUCAAACCCGCCCCCUGCGGCGGCUCCUGCGGCCACCCCGCCUCCCGCAGCAGCUCAACCUGCUCCAGCUCCCGCUGCCCCUCAACCCCCGGCUGCCCCCCUUGUGGGCAACGCGCCCGCUGUCAGCAAACCGUCCGCCUCCGUCAACCUGGGCGGCCUCAACGGCAACGGUGCUGCCAACCCGCCCGCUGCAGCAACACCCGUCGCCCCGAUCGCCGCGAACCCCGCUCAACCCCAGGUCGCCGUCAGCGGUCUUGCAUUGACAAAGUCUCUUCAGCUUGGCAAUCUCUUGCAGGCGACUGCCCAGCUCCAGGCUCGCGCGACGGCCCCAGCUUAG